UUUUAUUCUAUCUGCAUUACGAUCAGCGUGAUUUAGUACAAGGACGUCAAAAGUACGAAGUACGAAAAAAAGCAAAAAAAAAACUGAGCAACUCGAGUUUGGGAAAUUAUUUAAAUCUUGCCCUUUUUCCCGGUUUGUAACCGUGUAACUCGUGUCGUACAAAUAACCGCGUUCAUCCUUGUUCGAGAAUCCUUGAUACACAGCUGAUGCGUACGGCUAAUGUCACUUUUUGUCUGAAAACUUUUUAUCUGUAAAGUUUUUCACCGAAGGACGCACUCUGGAAGUGUUUUUGUGAAACUAAGCGAUAUUUGUGAUCUUUUGUCGUGAAAAACUGUUCCCCAAGAUGGAAAACUGUACGGAACACUGCAUCACGCUGAAAGUACAGGCGCAGUUUAUGCAUACAUUUCUGAGAUUUUCCAUGUAUGCCGUAAUUUACAAGCGAGGAAUUGCGAUCGACGAAGGAUACACCUGUGUGAUGGAACAUGGCCAUCCAUUGAUUGUUCCGAAGAAUGCUGGAGUCCGAUCGUUUAUUGAUGUAAUGGUGGAAAAAGCACAAGAUUUGAUAAACAAGAAAACAAAGCGCGACCUGACGAUAUUUUUCUACGACCAGGGUACAUUCGAAAUGGUCGAACGUUGGGUUUUCCAUGCUGUGCCCAUUUAUAAACCAUCGAAGCGUCCGUUGAACAAGUUACGGAAAGAAAUGGCUGCAAUCAACGAAAAGAUCGCUGCCUUAGCUCCGUUGAAAAAUCAUUGCUACUUUCUGCUGGCGAUGAAAAAAAACCUCGGAAAAUCACUUCGACUGAACGUGAAGUGAAUGAUUCUAUUUUCAAUAAAGAAUUACUGUUUGUCGCAUUCUUACCCAGUCGUUGCUGACCGGAAAAAGUGUUGAUGAUUGGUGACUGGAUAAUAGCAUUAUGCAGAGCUGUCCGGUCUAGUAACUCGCAAAAGAAUGGUUCACAUUGGAACUCUUGAGGGGUUGUGCUGUUGACUCAUUUCUUCAGCUGGCGCCAAAAGUCGAGACAUAGGCGCAUGCUUUCGUCGCAAGUGGCUUAUAACUCCGGCGUCAACCUAGGCUGUUUCCUCAUCGCUGGCGCUGUCCACGGUGUAUAAACACCUGCGCACUACACAUCCUUCUUCUGGUUGCUCGAGCUUUUACGAGGCAGUAGAAGUGCUUGGUGUUCCUGGUGCUGCCUAUGUGAUGAUGUUGGUGUUUGAUGCACCUCUACCACUGGCUGCCAUGUGGCGGAUCGAGUCCAUCCU